CUUCGCCAAGUGCCUGCAGCCGCCAUGAGUAGCCAAGACGAGAACGGCCUGGGGGCGCCCUGCGGCUGGAGGAGCGGCCCUGACAUCAGCCACCAUUCUGUCUUCCUGAAGGAGACGCUGCAGCUCCUGGUGGAGAAUGCGGUCUUCCAGGCCACCGACAGGAACAACAAGGUGGUGGAGUGGGUGGAACCCGCGGAGCUGGAGAAGCAGCUGGACCUCCGACUCGGCGACGAAGGCAUCACCCACGCCACGCUCCUUCGCUACCUCAAGGGCGUGAUCAGGUUCAGCGUCAAGACAGGGCAUCCUUACUUCAUUAACCAGCUGUUCUCCAGUUUGGAUGUGUAUGGACUGGUUGGCCAGUGGGUGACGGACGCCCUCAACCCGUCCGUGUACACGUACGAGGUGGCUCCCGUCUUCACCAUCAUGGAGAACGAGGUCUUGUCCAACAUGGCGUCGAUCGUCGGGUAUUCUCAGCAUGACGGCCUCUUCGCCCCCGGGGGUUCGAUGGCUAAUAUGUACGGCAUGCUGCUCGCCAGGUACAGAAGAUUUCCCGAGAUCAAGCGUUCGGGCGUGAGCGGGCUGGGGCGCCUCGUGGCCUUCACUUCUGUGGACGCCCACUACUCCAACACCAAAUCGGCCAUGACGCUGGGCCUCGGCGCCGACAACCUGGUGCUCGUCAACGUCGACGAAGAGGGCAGGAUGGACGUGGACCACCUGAAGGAGUGCAUCGCCCGCGCCAAGCAGGACGGCGCCCUGCCCUUCCUGGUCACCGCCACGGCAGGUCGGCAGACGCUGGGGCAGGGCGAAGGCAGGCACGAUAAGGAAGGAGGGGGGGGGGGGACAAAUGCAUCUUCGGAGACAGACAGCCCGGGGCGCCUCACAGUCCUCCUCGAAAGCAGCAUCACGAGUCCUUUCCUUCCUCAGGAUAAGUUCUACGACACGAAGUACGACGUUGGGGACAAGCACCUCCAGUGUGGGCGUCGAGCCGAUGUCCUCAAGUUCUGGACGAUGUGGAAAGCGAAGGGAACCAAGGGGCUGGAGAGGCAUAUCGACCACCUGUUCGAGAUGACGAAGUUCUUCACGGACACCAUUCGAGAGCGGGAAGGAUUCAGGCUUGUGCUGGAGCCUCAGUGCACCAACGUGUGCUUCUGGUAUGAGCCGCCCUCACUGCGGGGGAAACGCAACCACGAACAGUAUCCGCAGCUCCUGAACAGCGUUGCUCCUCGGAUCAAGGAGCGGAUGGUGAAGACGGGGGCCAUGAUGAUCACGUACCAGCCCCUGCACAGUCGGCCCAACUUCUUCAGGCUGGUGCUCCAGAACUCCCAAGUCAACGCCGAAGACAUGAAGUACUUCGCCAACCAGAUCGAAGUUCUCGGCCACGACCUGUGAGGGGCUUUGGCAACGGCAGGAGAGUCUCGGGGGCUUGUUUCCCAGGGGCGCGAGUGUUGCAGGUCUUCAAAGAGGUGCUCGUUUUUACUCCGUUAUUGCGGAGUAUUUGGAGUAUGGCUGUGGGGGAUAGUGAAUAUUAGUUAUUGAAUAAAACACAUCA